AUGCCCGUCGUCAAAGGAGGCGUCUGGACCAACAUCGAGGAUGAGAUCCUCAAGGCCUCCGUCUCCAAGUAUGGCCUCAAUCAGUGGGCACGGGUCUCCUCCCUGCUCGCCCGCAAGACGCCCAAGCAGUGCAAGGCCCGGUGGAACGAAUGGCUGGACCCGAGCAUCAAGAAGAUCGAAUGGAGCAAGGAUGAGGACGAGAAGCUGCUGCAUCUGGCCAAGAUUAUGCCCACCCAGUGGCGCACAAUCGCCCCCAUCGUCGGUCGAACCGCCAACCAGUGUCUCGAGCGGUACCAGAAGCUGCUCGACGAGGCUGAGGUCCGUGAAUCCUCGAGUCUUGGCCUCACCGGCCCCGAUGGAGGCGAGACCAAGGCGCCGAGCGCCGACGACGUCAGGCGCCUUCGUCCCGGCGAGCUCGACCCGGAUCCGGAGACGAAGCCGGCACGGCCCGACACCAUCGACCUCGACGAGGAUGAGAAGGAAAUGUUGAGCGAGGCCCGCGCCCGUCUGGCCAACACGCAGGGCAAAAAGGCCAAGAGAAAGGCGCGAGAACGACAACAGGAGGAGUCUCGCCGCAUCGCCUCCUUGCAGAAGCGCCGAGAGCUCAAGACGGCAGGCAUCAACAUCAAGGUCGUCACCCGCAAAAAGGGCGAGAUGGACUACAAUGCCGAUAUUCCGUUCGAGAAAAAGGCCGCGCCUGGCUUCUACGACACGUCGGAGGAGCUGGUGCGAAACGAGUCGCAGCGCGCCGCGUUCGACCCUCGAAAGCAGCAGCUGGCGACGAAGCGAAAGGGUGCCGACGACGAGGACAACGACCGCAAGAGGAGAAAGAACGAAAAGGACGGCAUGUCCGAGUCGCAAAAGGCGGCCAUCAAGGCUGGCCAGAUGCAGAAACUGCGGGAGGCGGAGCAAAACAGCAAGCGCCGCGCCCUGAACCUGCCGGCGCCCCAGGUCAGCGAUGCCGAGCUCGACGAGAUUAUCAAGAUAGGAAAGCUAGGGGAAUCGGCCAGCACCAUGGCCAAGCAAAGCGACAACGAUGCGACGAGAGGUUUCGUCGGUGAGUAUUCGGCCAUCAAUACUAAUGCGCCGAUCCGGACGCCUAAGGCGCCCGAGCAGGAGGAUCACAUCGCCAACGAGAUCCGGAAUAUCCGGGCCCUCAACGAAACCAAGUCGGCCCUGUUGGGCGGCGAGAACACCCCCCUCCACCAGGGUGCCGGCUCCACCGGCUUCGAGGGUAUUGCCCCUCGCGUCCAAACGGUGGCGACGCCGAACCCGAUGGCAACCCCCUUGAGGGGUGCCGGACCCAACGGUGUCGGCGCCACACCCGGGAGGCCCGGACAGACGCCUAUGCGGACGCCGCGAGAUACGUUUUCGCUGAAUCAAGAUGACGGCAUGUCCAUGGCCUCGGCCACUCCCAGAGACGUCAGGUUGCGGGAGGUUGCGGCCCGCAGCCAGCUCCGCGCCGGCCUGUCCGCGCUGCCAAAGCCCAAGGAGACCCAGUGGGAGUUUGAGAUACCGGAGGAGCAACAGGAGGCGGAAAUGACCGACGAGGCCCGCAUCGAGGACGCUGCCGAGCGGGACAGGAGAGAUCGGGAGAGGAAGGCGGCGGCGGAGGAACUAGAGCGGCGGCGGAGGACGCAGGUCAUGCAGCGAGACCUCCCGAGACCCACGGUUGUCGACUUGAACGAGCUGGUGAAGGCGGCCCACGAGAUGAAGAACCCGGCCGAAGCACUGAUUGCGCUCGAGGCGGCAGCACUCAUUGCGGCUGACGCGACCCAAUAUCCCCUACCAGGAUCCAAAGUGAAGGGAGCGCCACGGUCGAUGGACCGUAUCGACGACGACGCCCUCGCCGAUGCCCGACUCCAGAUUCUGUCCGAGACCAGGCCACGGCCGAGUUUGGAGGAUAUUCAGACAUUCUUCGAGAGCCGAGCCGAGAACGCGACCCUUCGCGGUCUGGGCUGUUACAGGGGCCAUGAUGAGGAGGGUCAGGCUGCAGCGAUGCUCGCUGCAUUUGAUUCGGUUCAAGAGUCCAUUUUGACUUCCGCUGAACAGGGCGCCAAACUCGAGAAAAAGCUCGGCCUCCACCUUGGUGGCUAUCAGAAGCGGCAAAAGAUGCUCAAGGAAAAGGUCAGCGACGCCUCGGACGCGCUCGACAAGGCAAGGUGUGCACUGAGUGCGUUCCGGACCUUGGCCAUCUCCGAGGAGGUGGCCAUCAGCAGGCGGCUCGAUUCGCUGAGGGAUGAGGUCGGAUUCGUGAGCCGACGCGAGAGAGAGGCGCAGGAGGAAUUCCGAAAGGUCAGAGAUGAGCUAGAUACCCUGCGUGCGGGUGUUGUGAACGGACAUCUUUGA